CUUGAACAUGUGGCUUUGUUAAAAGAACCGUCCUUUAAAUACCGUUUUCAUGAUCUGAAGCAGUUAAAGACUAUAGUACUGGUGGAAUUGGACUCACCCCCACUCUCAUUGUCUUCUUCUUUUUCUUCUCUUGAGCAUACCAUUUAUUUUCUUCAUGCUUUUUUCUGCUUAUGGGUACUUCAGUUUCAGUACUUUGAUCACAGUUUCACACUCAACUUGUCUUCUUGCAACUUGAUGGAUGCAGCAUAUUACUAUUACAGAAAAUAACAAUAUAAUUUCCAUUGGUGGAUAUAUGCAUGCAGUUGCAGCAGAUUUAGAAAUAAGUGCAAAACAUGAACACCAGCGUCAGGCCGAGGCUGCUGCAUAGGAAAAAAGCUCCAACGCUGUUGUCACAUGAAAAGGCAGAGAUGCGGGGAAGCUCGCGAGGGGGAGAAAAUAAUGCUGCUAAGGGUGGAAAAGCAUCGAGCAAAGACAGAAAAUUGGCUUUGCAACAAGAUGUUGACAGGUUGAAGAAGAAGCUUAGCCGUGAGGAGAACAUCCACAGAGCAUUAGAGAGAGCUUUCAACAGACCUUUGGGAGCUUUGCCUCGUCUUCCUCCCUAUCUCCCUCCUUAUACACUAGGACUUCUGGCUGAGGUGGCAGUGCUGGAAGAAGAAAUUGUUAGGCUUGAAGAGCAGGUUGUGCAUUUCAGGCAGGACUUGUACCAGGAAGCUGUCUACAUGUCAUCCUCUAAGAUGAAACUUGAGCAAUCUGCAGGUGUGAACAAUGCAAACCCAACUAGUAGUCCCAAACUGGGUAAAUUGAAGUCCCUAUCCCAGUCAAUGGAUGAUACUGCAACAUCUGAAACUAGGCCUACAACAACACUUCCAAAGGAUAGACAUGGAAAAGAGAACCAAUCAUGUACUAGUUCUUCCAAGAGCAGCAAGCAAUCCAUAUGUAAAGGUCAAACUACAAAAUCGCCGAUUAAGAAACUUCCCAUUGACAAUAAAUCACUGCAGAAACGUCGGGAUCCUCCAAAAAAGCAGCAAGAACUAAGGCUGAAGGACCAGCCAAUUGCGGAAGUAAGAAAUCUACGUGAAAAUCCACAAGGGGAUGAAUGUCCAAAUAUAAUCUCUGAAAAUAUUCUUAAGUGUUUAUCAAACAUUAUCUUGAGAAUGAGUGCUGCAAAAAAUUUGGAUUCUACAGCUGAUGUACCACCCUUUAGGACUCCAAAAUCUAAAAACUGUGUAGAAGGAAGUGAGUUUUGGGAUCCUUAUAGUAUCUGUUUGGAAUUUGGAAAGAGGGAUAGUGGUCCAUUCAAGCAAUUACGUUCAAUUGAAGCUAAAUCAUUCGAUCCAAAACGAACUGCAAAGUCUUUGUUUUUACUGCAUCGGUUGAAGCUUCUUCUGAGAAAACUAGCUUGUGUCAACAUCGAGAACCUCAACCACCAGGAGAAGCUUGCCUUCUGGAUCAACAUCUACAAUUCAUGUAUGAUGAAUGCGUACCUAGAAAAGGGUAUACCAGAGAGUCCUGAAAUGGUUGUUGCGCUGAUGCACAAGGCAACGAUAAAUGUGGGUGGACACUUGCUAAGUGCAACAACUAUAGAACAUUGCAUUUUAAGACUUCCUUAUCACUGGAAAUUUCUAAAUUCUAAACAGACAUUAUCGAAGGGAGGGAAAAAUCAUGAAACUUAUGGACUGGAAUUGUCAGAACCUCUAGUGACAUUUGCUCUAUCCUGUGGAACUUGGUCCUCUCCUGCUGUGAGAAUUUACAGAGCAUCUCAGGUUGAGAACGAACUUGAAAUGGCAAAAAAAGAAUAUUUGCAGGCUGCAGUUGGAAUUUCGAUAUCAAAGUUCCUUAUCCCGAAGUUGCUGGAUUGGUAUUUACUGGACUUUGCAAAAGACUUGGAAUCAUUGCUGGAUUGGAUAUGCCUCCAACUACCAAGUGAUGUGGGGAAAGAAGCCAUUAAGUUCCUUGAGAAAAGAAAAACCGAGCCCCUCUCACAAUAUGUACAGAUUAUGCCAUAUGAGUUCAAUUUUAGAUACUUGCUUUGCACAUAGUUUUCCUUCUAUUUCUGUAAUGUUUUAUUGAUUAUGUGGAUAGGAUACGAUUUGUAAACAGCUUUAGAUCAUACAUAUAGUAAGCAUGCAAAUGCCAUUUGUUCUUUUCUCACUUUUAA